ACCCGGAGGAAGAAGCUCGCGGCACUCAACUACACCAAAGAUUGUGCCCUGUCGGCUCCUCUUUCCUGGUUCCAGACCCAUUUUUGACCAGAGCAAAGCAGAUGAGGAACUGAGUCCGAGACAAUGGGGUGGCCACCUGCUCAGAAGCCAGAGGACUCAAAAGAAGAGCACGGAGGCCCGGCCCAGACGGACGUCUGUGCUACUCAAGUUUCAGAAGAGUUCUCCAGGUCCUGUGCAGAUGAGGUACUGAGUUCUGGUUCCAUCAGCUUCUCUGGAGAAUUACAAUCCUAUUCACACACCUCUGAGAGCCCACUCGAGACCAAAACGCCGACUACAAGUUCGGAAGAGCAAGAGGAGCAGUCAGAACUUUCACUCUUACAGAAGGAUGAAAAUAAGCUGAGUGAAAAGUGGAUCAACCACCUCAAGAGCAAAGAAAUUCAUUCUGAAAGAUCUCAACCCGACCGUAGACUCCCACCAGAAACCCCUAAGGAAUCCGCAGAAGAACUGGAUGCCCUGCAGUCUUUUUGUACUAAAAAAGUAAACUUGAUUCACCAGAGACAGGAUUCAAGAGCUAAGAAAAGCAACAGACCCAAAAGGCUGCAGCUCAGAUGGAUUGCAGAGACGUCAGAGGUAGAUGCUUUCAAUUGUACGAUCCCUGAUGAACUGUGGAACAGAAUCUAUUUGGAAAAUACGAGAGCGACUCUGGCGUACAUAGGGGCGAUUACGCAACACAUUUCUUCGCAGUGUCCCAGCUGUAAUAGCAAAAGAGCAGAGCUGGCUCAGUCUGACUUCCUGAGACGAAGGAAAACUUUACUGCAGUCACUACUACUCCAAGAGAAAAUAGAUGAACACCUUCAUACCACAGACUUUCUCACCCGUGUUGGAGAAGCACAUAAGGGCUUCCCCAGGCUUUCAGAUGAUCCUAGGAUCAUCUGGAAGCGACUGACUGAGAAAAUGCAGAAGGGAAGCUCUGGCUUUGGGCGGGCAUAUUCAAAGCAGGUGUAGAAAGACUGUACAAGUCUUUUAACGCUUCUCAACUCACAUGUCUAACCAGAUAGGAGGUGCUGACUACUAAUGGUGAUAUGUAAUAUGCCCAACCAGGGGAUGGUGACUAUUGGUGAUUAGUGAUAACAUGUGUUGUGCAUACAUGUACCUGGUGUGUAUUUGAGUAAUUACCAUCUCUUAUAGAGGAAAUUUAGAAACUAAUGUAAAAUUUAUGUCUGCUUCCUUCGCCGAAGUCUAAGUCAUUAAAUCCAAUAGGUUUUUCACAUUAUGGAAGACAAUUGGAGUAAUUUCAAAACUUUUGUAAUCUAGGGGAAUAUGUGUGGUGUGUGUGUGUGUGUGUGGUAUUCUCUAUACACACAUAUGAAUGAUGGUAGUUUGGAGUGGUGGUUGACAGUACAGAGAGAAAGAAGUAAACAGAUGUAAGAUAGUUAGAAAGCAGUGAUGAGGACUGGUUUUGGUGAUAAAGAGGCUGUGGAGACUAACUUUUAAAAGGCACUAGGAUUCUGACUUGUGUACCUGUGUACUCAACUGAAUAGUAAUUUCCUUAAGACAGAAUUCUCUGUAGUUUCUGUCAACUUGACUAAAACCAGAGUCACUUGUGAAGAGGAAACCUCAACUGAGAAAUUGCCUCUCUCCCCAUCCGUCUCCAGGCAUUUCUGAGGGAGCAUUUACUUCCUUAAUGAUUGAGGUGGGAGGAUUUGUGCCACUGCCAUCCUUAGUCAGGUAGUCUCAGGCCGUGUAACAUGGCAAGCUCAGCAAGAUAUGGAAAGCAAGCCAGUAAGUCACAUUUCCCCAUGUGUUCUGUUUAGCCCUUGCCAAAAAGUUUCUGCCUUCACUUCCUGCCUGUCUCCCCCUAUGACUGACAAUAACCUAUUAACUAAA